GCCCCGGGGGUGGGAGGCGGCGCGGUCCCGCCCCGGUGGCACGGAGCCGCAGGCGGCGCCCGGUGGGAGCGGCGGCGGCGGCGGGGCCCGGAGCGCCCGGAGCGCCCCCGCCAUGGACGAGGAGGCGCCGGGCCGCAAGGACCCGGGCGGCGCUUACGGGACGCCGCAGAAAUAUGACCCGACAUUCAAAGGUCCCAUUUACGACCGCGGCUGCACCGACGUCGUCUGCUGCGUCCUGCUCGUCGUCGCCAUCGUGGCCUACGUCGCCGUGGGCAUCGUGGCCUGGACGCACGGAGACCCCCGGAAGGUGAUUUACCCCACGGACAGCCGCGGGCAGUUCUGCGGGCAGCAGGGAACCGCCAACGAGGACAAGCCCUUCCUCUUCUACUUCGACAUCGUGAAGUGUGCCAGCCCGCUGGUGCUGCUGGAGCUGCAGUGCCCGACCACGCAGAUCUGCGUGAGCCGCUGCCCGGACCGGUUCCUCACCUACCUGGGCGCCCACGCCGCCGGCUCCGCCAGCGCCCUGCGCUACUACCAGCAGUUCUGCGUCCCCGGCUUCGCCGACCUGCACAAGGCUCCCCUCGAGGCGCUGAGGGACCGGGAGUGUCCGGCCAUGCUCAUCCCCAGCACGCCACUGGCCCGGCGGUGCUUCCCGGCCCUGCGGGCCCAGCAGGGCGUCCUCAUGGUGGGCAACCAGACCACCUACGACGACGGCCGCGGGGCCCGGAGGAACGUCACCGAGCUGCUGGAAGGCGCCAAAAAAGCAAAUGUGGUUCUGGAAGCGAGACAACUGGCCAUGAAGAUCUUUGAAGAUUACACGGUUUCCUGGUACUGGAUAAUAAUAGGCCUGGUGAUCGCCAUGGUGGUCAGCUUCGUCUUCAUCGUCCUGCUGCGGUACCUCGCCGGCAUCAUGGUCUGGGUGAUGAUCGUGAUGGUGAUCCUGGUGCUGGCGUACGGAAUCUUCCACUGUUACAUGGAAUAUGAUAAGCUGAAGGGGGAGGCCGGCUCCGACAUCUCCCUGAAGGACCUGGGCUUCCAGACCGACCUCCGCGUCUACCUGCACCUGAGGCAGACCUGGCUGGCCUUCAUGAUCAUCCUCUGCGUCGUGGAGGUGCUGGUCGUGCUGCUGCUCAUCUUCCUCCGCAAGAGGAUCCUCAUCGCCAUCGCGCUCAUCAAGGAGGCCAGCAGGGCCGUCGGCCACAUCAUGAUGUCGCUGCUGUUUCCCCUGUGCACCUUCUUCCUGCUGUGCCUCUGCAUCGCGUACUGGGCCAGCACCGCCGUUUUCCUGUCGACCUCCAACGAGGCCGUCUACAAGGUGUUCAAUGAGUCCGCGUGCCAAUUUUCCGGGCAGACCUGCAACCCGGAGACGUUCAACACGAGCAACGUCACCAAGGCGUGCCCGGACGCCCAGUGCCUCUUUGCGUUCUACGGGGGCGAGACGGCCUACCACAAAUACCUCAUCGUCUUCCAGUUCUACAACGUCUUCAUGUUCUUCUGGUUGGCCAACUUUGUGAUCGCGCUGGGCCAGGUCACGCUAGCCGGGGCCUUUGCCUCUUACUACUGGGCCUUCAAGAAGCCCGACGACAUCCCCGCGUUCCCGCUCUUCUCCUCCUUCGGCCGCGCGCUCCGGUACCACACCGGCUCGCUCGCCUUCGGGUCCCUGAUUCUCGCUAUCGUCCAGGUCAUCCGGGUCACUCUGGAGUAUCUGGACCACAGGCUCAAAGCUGCCGAGAACAGGUUCGCCAAGUUCCUCCUGGGCUGUCUGAAGUGCUGCUUCUGGUGCCUGGAGAAGUUCAUCAAAUUCCUGAACAGAAACGCGUAUAUCAUGAUUGCCGUCUACGGCACCAACUUCUGCACUUCUGCCAGGAACGCCUUCUUCCUGCUGAUGAGGAACAUCAUUAGGGUGGCCGUUUUAGAUAAAGUCACGGAUUUCCUGUUUUUCCUCGGGAAGCUCCUCAUCGUGGGCAGCGUCGGAAUCCUCGCCUUCUUUUUCUUCACCCAUCGAAUAAAACUGGUUCAAGACACGGCACCAUCCCUGAAUUACUACUGGGUCCCUAUUCUGACGGUGAUCGUGGGCUCCUAUCUCAUCGCGCACGGGUUCUUCAGCGUGUACGGCAUGUGCGUGGACACGCUCUUCCUCUGCUUCUUGGAAGACCUGGAGCGUAACGACGGCUCGGCCGAGAAGCCCUACUUUAUGUCGUCCGACCUGAAGAAGCUCCUGAAGAAGAGCAACCAGGGUCAGAAGGACGCGUAGCGCUUCCUUCCCCUUCCCGCGCCUCCCUUCCCACUCCCACUCUUGGAGCAGAGCCGCGCGGACAACGUACGGCCCGAGCGCCUCUGUCCGGCACGGAAACGCUGUGAACGGCACCCGAACUGCAGCCUCCGCCGCCCGACCGGCACGGCAGCCCAGGCGGGCGAGGGGCCCCGGAGCGGCACGGGGAGGGCGUUUUAACCAGGUUUUGCUCUUUUCUCACCUCAGAGGAACCGAUUACUGUAAAGUGAAAUUACUAAAUCCGGUUAUAUUGGUUUAGGGGAAAAAAAAGGUGCCCUUGCCUCGCCCGUUAAAAGCGAGCUGCGCCGAAUUGCCGCCCGGUGCUCGGCCGAGUCCGGAGGCUGCGGUGACGGCGGGCGGGUUCGAGCCGGCAGCUCUAAGCAGUGGGUUUCACCUCCUCGCGCUUGCGGCCCCCGAGAUGUUGUAGUGAAGCUGCUGAUUCCUACACAGGGAAUUUAAAAGCACUGAUAGUAGGCUUGCUUUCCUUGCCACGUUUUGGAGGCUUCUUAGGGAGCUGUUCUGGGGUUUUGCUGAUCGCGGGUUAGAAAACUAAUUCUUCUGGGGAUCUGUCGAUUAACGUUCCCGCACCCGGGUGUGAACGGUGGAGGCGGAAGGGAAAUCACUGGUGAGGGACCGAGACUUGUGCGGUGCAGGACGGUGCCAAACAUCCAGCCAAACAGCUGGAAGCCGAGUAGUCGGGUGCGAUGGGGGUGGACGGACGGAUGCUCUGUGUGUUUGUGUCUUUCUGAAAUGACCGAGAGCCUAGAAGCUGCUUCUGCCAAUUCCCCUGGGAAAAAAAAAUCCUGCAUUGUAUAAAAUCAUUUUUUUUUAAUUGCAAUUUUGCAAUAAAAAGUCCCUAACAGGCAAAAUGCGGUUAGCUAAUUGUGUUUGGCGACGCGAAGGAUUUAUGCCCCCCCGAUGCAUGGUCAAGGAGUGACGUGCACAGCCUUUCCCAACAACCGAGUUCAUUAACAUAAUUUUAGAGAAGCCAAAUGACCAGCAAGCGAGGUCGCCUUGUUCGCGGCUGCCACGGCGCUCUCGACUUGUAGCUCGCCGGUGUUUCCGGGAGGAAGGUCCGGCUCCGCGGCAGAUUUCAUGGAGGAAAAGGAGGUUUUGGGGCAGUUUGCAGGAGGCUGGACCAGUCUGACCGCCCGGCAUCACGGAUCGGACACCCGCUCGGGGAGGCCGGCGGUCUCGGGAGGCAGCGUGGGGUCAUAGGUACCUCUUCGUUCCAAAUUAAAAAGUGCAAAAACUCCUUAUUGCAGAUGGUCGAAUUCGGUCAGCCAUGCGCAACUUUAAUCAGUGCUAAAGGAUAUAUUUUGCUUUUUAUACGUAUUUCUAGUAGCCUCUAGACCCCCGUAGUAUUUUUGUAAGAUACAGGAAAUGUUUUAUAUCGGAACUGUUAAAUGUUUGGGGUUUUGUAUAUUUUGUUUAUUAGCUGUUUGCCAUCAGUUUGAGCACUGUGCAGGCCUGCGAUGCUGCUCGCAGCUCACCGCCUCAGCCGUUUCACCGGUGAUGCCUUUCAGUACCGCAUUCGUGACGGAUUUUUAAAUAUAUAUACGCUCUGGUGCGUCUGUAACAUCCUAAGAUUUAACUUCUGCCUCACUUACUGCCUUCUUUGGGCUGCGUACUCCGAAUAUUACGUAUUGCAAAGUUACAGUACCACUAACUUCUUUCAGAGCUUGUCGCGGGAGUGGGAGGAUUUCCGCAUUUAUUAGAGAUAAAAAGCAGUAGUUGGUUUCAGCACCUUUUCCCUCGGUGUAACACAGGCCCCUGCGCGCGAGCUGGUCCGAGGCUAAGUGGGAGCAGAUCGAAAAGGAAUAAGCGUUAAAAAGGAGACGCGGCCAGGAGAUGAGCAGGAACAGUUACGGGAACGUGCUGGGUUUAGAGCUGCGCCAGCACCUCCCAGAAAGGGCUCGCAAAGUGUUUUCCGCGGCGUGAUGUUGGUCCUGGGUUUUUUUCUUCCCUUCUCUGACAUUUUUGUGUAGCUUUUGAUUAUUUUUUUCCCCUAACUGUCUGCAGUUUUAGUGUAGAGGGUGAGUUUUGCUGCUUGCUCCUUGACUGUAGCUGUUGUCUUUUUAUAUCAAGCUUCUUUGGCUGCGGAAAUGCCGUCCGAAACAGCUGAUCUGGGGAGGACCUCCCUAACUCUGACAUUUACUUCCAUAAACAGUUAAUAUCCAGUGUAGAUGUUUAGGUCGAGAAACGUAAAGGUUGAAAAAGAGUAUAAGUGUGCAAGGAAAAGCUAUUCUUUUUGGCUGGGACAUGUUGCUGCCCCUGCCGGAUUCUGGGUAAAUUUGGAAUUUAAGGAGCAGAAUUAGGGAAUCCCGAUGCUCUUUCCUGAUGAAAAAGUCGAAGCAACAGCCAGAAACCGUUCCGGCUCACGGCUGCGCUCACGGAGAGCCCUGUCUUGUAAGGCAAAAUAGCAAAUCUUCCAUUAAAUGAGUUUUUUGGGAAAAUCUUCACAGAAUCGCGCGGGUGAAAAAAGCCCGGAGUCACUUCCGCGCGCUGGCAGGAUUCUGGUGCCCAGCAGGGCUUUACUCGACGGCUUCCAGUGUUUCUGUCUGGAAGCGCGGACAGAUCCGGCCGAUCCGUGUGCAUGGGAGCGCUGCUCCCUCCGCCCCAGCUACGUGUUUUAAGCCAUUGUUUGUCUUUAAGAACGAUUACUCUCUUUUCUGCCUUACGCGAUACUCCUUUCGCCCCGUGAACCAUGCAUGCUCCUCUUUACUCCCCGAAAUCGGGCAGGAGUGAUCCCGCCACGGCAAACCGCCACCGCUGAGACCUGCGGGGCUGAUGUCCCACGAAAACGCUCCUUCCCCCUUUUUAAUGUAUUUCUCAGAGGCAUUAACUGCCCUCACUAUGCACUGGGGCGCCUAUGCAAACACAGAGCUCUCGCCGGGACGUACGUGUGUUUCCCAAUGUCGUGCGCGGUAGUUGUAUCCAUGUCAGCAUUCCAACCACAAAUAAAGUGCCUAUUUAGACCUCA